AUGUGCACCACUCUUUUCGUGCUCAGCACCUUGGCCAUGCUCUGGCGCCGCCGAUUCGCCAACCGGGUCCAACCAGAGCCCAGCGGAGCAGACGGGGCAGUAAUGGGCAGCAGAUCGGAAACAGAUCUCCAGUCUUCAGGCAGGGAGAAAGAGUCUCUGAAGUAA